GCCCGCGCCAACGUCAAGGAGCAAAUUUGUGUACGACUGGUAAACAAUAAACACGUACGUUUACACAUUGCUCUUGGCUGUAUAGUAAAUAAUAACAACAAUAAUAAUAACAACAACAACGAUAGCGAUCAUAAGACACCGUCUUUCUUGCAUGAUGAACGAUAAUAAUUAUUACGCGCGCCGUGUGUUGUAAAUAAAUCGUUAGCGCAUUGUACGCACGAGUGACCUAAAUAACCGAAAAGUUAUGGACCUGCUAAUUGUGAAGGCCGAAGCCGACGACAACAAGAGGAAAUCGAAAACCACCGCCGGGCCCGUGAAAACAGCGACAGCGUCGGCCGCCGCGGGCCGGUCAGAAAAACCGCCUUAUUCCUACAUAGCCCUCAUAGUGAUGGCUAUACAGAGUUCGCCUGUCAAGCGGUUAACCCUGAGCGAGAUAUACGCUUUCCUACAACACCGUUUUCCGUUCUUCAGAGGAUCCUACCAGGGUUGGAAAAACUCGGUGCGGCAUAACCUAUCACUAAACGAAUGUUUCAUAAAGCUGCCCAAGGGUCUGGGUCGACCGGGCAAAGGUCACUACUGGACGGUAGAUCCGGCGUCUGAACUAAUGUUCGAAGAGAGCUCGUUCCGGCGGCGACCCCGAGGAUUCCGUCGCAAGUGCCAAAAAGUGGUCAUGUCAAUGCCAGUCAGUGGUUACCAACAAACACAAUACCACCACCAUCACCAUCAUCAUCAACAACCACCAUCAUCACAAACACAACCGCAACAACAACAGCAGCAGCCACCGCCUCCACCUCAGCCGCCUACGUCUAACGCUCAAUGCUACCUGCAUGACCAGUACGACUACGAAGACACGGCCGCCGCCGCCGUUGUCAGCUACCAGCAAGACUAUCAGCAGACAUACAGAAACGACCAGCUCGACCAUUUGACCAGUUUUUGGCAGGCGCAAAAAUCCGAAGCCUACGGUUAUCAGGAUCAAUUUGACUACGGGUGCCAGUACAACGUAACGCACGAUAAUGGUUACAACGUGGCCAUGCGAAGACAGGCCAGUGGAGGACAAAUGCAACAGCCGAUUUUGGAAAACGGCAUGAACGUCACAAACGGAUUAACGCAACACUUAGGAUUGCAUCAUUAUUACGAGUGCCCUAAGUUUUGUUAAUAUUAAAAUAAUAUUAUAUUUCUGUGCGUUUGUACAUUAUAUAUUAUAAACUUAACGA